GUGGACGGCUCCGAGAAGCCGCAAAGUAGCCAAGGGGCAAGGUCAAUCAGAGGAGGCGUGCCAAUCGAUCUCGACGUGGAGUCACUCAAUCUGAGACUCGAAAGAAGCUCUGGUCGCCGCUGGAUUCUCUCCUGAUCGACGUGCCGGGUGACUCGAGGCAAGCCUGGCAACAAGUAGGAGCAAGGGAUGGGGGAUGAGACUUGAACACUUGCGUUUCAAUUCAUCCUCAACAAAACUCCGCUCAGCGUACGUCUAACCCGCCAUCGCUUGAUCAUCUUGGGACUCCAUCACCUCUAGAGAAUCCUGUCCAUUCCCAGUCCAUCCAACCCUGGUUCAACUUACCCGAACUGGCCAUCGGCUUCUCAUCUCCGUGUACCAGCGGCAAUAAUUAGAGCAUCUGAUCGACCGACUUUUAUCGCACUGGAUAUCCGACCACGAAACCAAUCUCCAGCUGAAGAAGAGACCCAAUGAGACUUGAAUGAACUUGGAUACCACUUCACAUCGACAGAACUGCUGAUCACGACCAUCAAGACUCGUUUUACACCGUUUGUCGCUCGCCCGAGGCUUGAUCGAUUCCACAAAAGAAGAAACCCAAGUUUUCUCAGACAAAAGAAACCCUCAAGUUUACGUAAAGGUACUGAAUACUUUGAUUAUACACCGUGAUCCUGGACAGAAUAGCCAGCCGAUGUGCAUGUAGCUCGAGGUGUGACAAUGUAUCAUGCUAUACCCACUCGCCGGAGAAGCUGUCUGGCCAUCAUCACUCUCGGCGUCCCGAUCUUCAUCCUGACCGUCUAUCUGACAUAUCGCCAGCCAGCAGAAUCCCACCAUCCACGCUUCCCACUCAACCCGACCCGACUCAACUGGGCUUCACCAUUCCGAUUAUUGAGAUCAAGUCAUUCAUCCAAUCCUCAACUCGUUCAAGUCAAUCAUUCUCAAGAUGGAUACCUCUACUUUGACGACAAGGUCUACCGAUCGAUUAAUGGCACCAGUCAACCAGUCCUUCAUCCCAUCGUCUCCCUCAUCAAUAAUGCCACUCGGGCUUGGAACCUCAAACUAGAAUCACAAUCAAAGCACCUCUCAUCAGCCAUCUCUGAGUAUCGACGUCGAAACCAUCGCAAUCCACCUCGAGGCUAUGAUCGCUGGUGGAGUUGGGCUUCACAGAACAACGUCAAACUUCUGGAUGAAUAUGAUUACCUCCACAAAUCCAUCGAACCCUUCUUUGCACUCCCUCCCCAAGUAUUCAGACAACGGGCCAGCGCGCUGGCCUCCGAUCAAACCAAGUGGGCAACCAUGAUCUUCGUAGUAUCAAUCAGGAAUGGCCAGUUGAGUUUAUCAGGUCACCAGGCUAAUAUCGGUCCCCGCCCAAAGGAAAUGGUUGAGCUUCUGAAAGAUAUCGCCCAUUUACUACCAGAUCUGGAUAUACCAAUCUCCGUUGAAGAUUUACCAGCCGUCUCGGUGUCUGCGAAAAAUUAUGAGCACCACAUCCAAGCCGUGCGAAACUCGACCUUGCUAAGCCCACAAGAUCUGACAGAUAUCAAGGAUCAACCCGGAAUUUACGGUUGGUCUAAUUCGUGCUCGUCACAAUCCGAAUUACGGAGAAACCUCGAUGGCCUUCAAGAUUUGUCACGCAGUAGGAAUCCCUACUUUGGACAGAGUUACAUUCAUGAUCCAGUCGCCGCCUCCAACUUUUGUGACCAUCCCGAGUUGAUCCAACUGAAUGGCUUCCUGUCUGCCACUCAGCCCAAAGUCCAUCAAUUUUUCCCUCUCUUCAGUUUCACCAAGCUCCACGGAUUCGCCGAGUUACCUCUCUCCCCACCCUCGCAAUUCCGGCAAGAGGUGGGCAAGGAUCCGAGCUGGGAGGCCAAGAAAGAUAAACUGUUUUGGAGGGGUAGCACCACUGGCACCUACUUCGCGGGCAUCAAUAACUGGAGGAAGAGUCAGAGAACCAGAUUAGUAAUGUUCUCUAAUGAACCUAGAGGCAACGUGUCUGUUCGAACAACCGAUUCAAAGGAUCACUUGGAAUACUUCGAUGCCGAUACUAAAGUCCUUAAUGACAGAUAUUUCGAUAUCGGAUUUACUAAUUCGCCCGUCCAAUGUGAUAUUAAUGAUCGGAGUUGUGAAGCAGUCCAGAAAGGCUAUGUCUUCAAGCCGUACUCUCAGCCCUCCCAAACAAACACGUUCAAGUAUCUCUUGGAUGUCGAUGGGAAUGGAUGGAGCGGCAGAUUUCAUAGGCUGAUGUCGACAAAAAGCGCAAUUUUGAAGAGUACCAUCUUCCCCGAAUGGUAUGCUGAUCGAAUCCAGCCUUGGUAUCAUUAUAUACCCGUCAAAGUAGAUUACCAAGACCUAUAUGAUAUAAUGGCAUUCUUUCUUGGCGAUUCCAACGGGCUCAACGCGCACGAUCAGGUUGGAAAGCAGAUUGGACAGCAAGGGCAUGAUUGGACAGAAAAGUUUUGGCGACUGACCGAUAUGCAGGCUUACAUGUAUCUGCUCCUCCUUGAAUAUUCAAGACUGCUCAAUCGCGAGCCCGAGAACCUCCAUUCAAUGGAUUACUUUUAACCAACCCUCCGUUUACGUUUUUUUUUUUCACUUCCGGAUUUGACAUUCCUUUACAUUUUAUUCCAAAAUAAAGCUACUUGCUUCAGUCAUAGAUUAAUUUUCUAGUCAUUUCAUUCAGUUUUAUCAUCGAUCAAUCUUUCUGAAAUGUGUAUCUAUCAACCCAGUCUAAUUACCAUCUUGCUUAAGAUAUCAACCCUUUACAUUCCUUUGGGGGGGGUUCAUCUAUAUUUCUGUAGAUCUGUGUCUUAUCGAUAUGAAUGCUCUUCCUAAUUUUUUAAGCCAAUUACAAAUGCACAGCACAUGAGCCUCAGUCCCACCUUCUGUGACUUGAGAGGAGUUGUUGCAUAUGGUCGAUAA